AUGCACUGCCACUCGGGGCAGUUCUGCCCCGGUCAUGCUGUGGAUCAGCUCGAGGACAUCAUCCGUCACGCCAUAUCCGUCGGCUUCGAGACAAUUGGUCUCACCGAGCACAUGCCCCGCUACGAAGAGCAGGACCUGUACCCGGAAGAGCUGGACGAUCCCGAGGCCCAGCUCUCGGCCUUGCCUGUUCGGCACGAAGCGUACCUCGUCGAGGCCGAGCGUCUGCGAGCCAAGUACGCCGGUCAGAUCCACAUCCUCGUCGGCUUCGAGUCCGAGUUCAUUCGUCCGAAGUGUGCCUCCCGCGUGCGUGCCCUCUUCGACGCCCCCCCCACGGUCGACUACUUCAUCGGCUCCGUCCACCACGUGCACGGACUGCCCAUCGACUAUGACACCGUCCACUACGCGAGAGCCGUCGAUGUCUCGGGUGGCAGCGAAGAAUCUCUCUUUGAGGACUACUACGAUUUGCAGUACGACAUGCUGCGUGCCCUGAGGCCCCGCGUCGUUGGCCACUUCGAUCUCAUUCGCCUCCUCAGCAAAUUCCCCUCUCGGGACGUGCGCCAGUGGAACGCCGUCUGGGAAAAGGUCAGGCGAAACCUCGCCCUUGUGAGGGAGCAAGGUGGCUGGAUCGAAUGCAACACCGCCGCGCUGAGGAAGGGCCUCGCCGAGCCAUACCCGUGCCGCAUCAUUGCCGAGGUGCGCUAUACUUGUCCACCUUUAUUCACUUCGCCAGCGAGCAAAGUGCACGGCCGCGAAGCACCCGCUGACAUUGACUGGCAGGAAUGGCUCAAGAUUGGCGGGAAAUUCACCAUGUCUGACGACAGUCAUGGCAUCGCUCAUGUUGCCACCAAUUACGCUCGGGGCAUCGCAUAUCUCGAGAGUCUCGGCGUCGAGCAUGUUUGGACUUUCCGGCGGAAAACACCGGCCGGCGUCGAGAGCUCCACCAAGGCCGUUCUUGAGGAUACGCCCGUGUCGCUUGAAGACUUCAAACGGCAUUUCAAGUAG